AACUGAAGGAGGGCGCCAUCUUCUCUCGCCGUCCUCUUUCAUUUUUCCUUUCGUGGAGGACGUUGUUAAAAAAAUCCUGACAAGAUGGGUCGUAUGCACUCACAUGGAAAAGGUAUAUCUCAGUCGGCACUUCCUUACCGACGAAGUGUACCAACUUGGUUGAAACUAACACCAGAAGAUUGCAAAGAACUUAUCUACAAGCUAGCAAAAAAAGGACAUACACCAUCUCAAAUUGGUGUCAUACUUCGUGACUCACAUGGAGUAGCACAAGUACGAUUCCGUACAGGAAAUAAGAUUCUACGCAUUGUAAAGAGCAUGGGUCUGGCUCCCGAUCUACCAGAGGAUCUCUAUUACCUGAUCAAAAAGGCCGUCGCUGUGCGUAAACACUUGGAGCGAAAUCGCAAAGAUAAAGAUUCAAAAUUCCGUUUAAUUCUCGUCGAAUCGAGAAUUCACAGGUUGGCGCGUUACUAUAAGGCGAAAGGAUCUCUGCCGCCAAACUGGAAAUACGAAAGUUCAACAGCUAGUGCUCUUGUAGCUUGAUUUUGUUUGUAUUUACAUAUGCUUUAAUAAAAUUCGAAGACCUCAA